UAGUACGUCGUAGUUUCGGUUAGGGCCGGUGUCAGUGUUGGUACUUUGUAUAGAUUCACGUGUUCGGCGCGGGGAAGGCGGGGAAGCUGAGUAGGUAUAGUCUGUGCUACAUAUAACCGCGCAGAGCCGCUGCGUUGUCACUCAUUACCGCUCCGUCGAACGUUGAAGCGAACGCGCGUUACGACUUAUUUUUUUGCAACUUGAACCCCAGUAUUCGCGCACAUCUUCAAAUAUGAAACGACAAUUAAUUAUUUUGUUGGCCGCUGUCACAUUCACCGUGGCUAUGGUGCCCAAAUUAAGGGUUUACGGUGACAUACGUUCAGAAUGGGCGGCUACGUAAGGCGUGAGGCGAGACCGGACGCCGGACACAAUCAAGGGCGCGCGCGGGCAGUGAAUUUGGAAGAGGAACUGCGGCAGACGAUGGAGAGUUCCGCUUCCACUGCCGCCAGUGAGGACGCCACCUCCGCCACGCUGCAGAUCUGCAAGCCGGAGACGCCCUGCGCCUGGUCCAUCUACGUCAACAGGCAGAAGAUCAUCGACACCAAUAUUGUUAACUCGUAUUGCAACUGUAAAGUCGGCACGGAGUGUCAGUUUGAUGAAGACGACGAGAACUUGAACGCUUUCAUCCACCGCUGCCGGCCGACGAACCAUAACGAAGAUAAGACGGAGAGCUAGCGCGCACAGAACACACGGACAGGGCGAUCACCGUACACUAACGAUAAAAUCACGCCAUCGAUUCUGCCACUUUAAUCCUGUCACGGUAUAAGACUCACUGUGUUUUUUUUAAUAAUUGCGGUGGCAAAAGAGCGAGUGGCCACCUGUAUUGGCUGAAAUAGCGAUGCGUACUCUGACCAUAGACUUCCGAAUUGUAGAGGGCCUACUAUUAAUCGACCGUUGGCUAGUGUCUUAUUGUAUACAAGUGAAGUCAUAGUCUUCUAGUCUCUAACUUAUUAUUACCAUCAGAGGCAACUUAUUAUGAAAUUAUAAGUACUAUUCAAAUCAAGUUAUUAAUUUAUAUGUUUGGGGUGGCAGAAUUGAGCGGUAUGCAUAAAAAACAAUAUAAUGUUACCACUUGUAUUAUUGUGGGUAAGGAUAGUCGUAACCAGACCUCGCGUGUUGCAUUAUUUUUUUUAAGCUGCUGGAUGUGAAGCUUUUUUAAACUAUCUAGCAAACGUACUAAAGUACCGAGAUAUAAAUGAAAUGAUAUAUUUGUGGAUUUCAAAGCAGUAAUAUUGUUCAAAUAUUGACUAUUAUUACUGGAUAAUUCUUCUACUAAUAGAGUAUUUUUGACAGUUCAAAAAGAAUAAUAUGUAAUGAGUAUGACAAUAAAGUCUUGCAAUUUAGUUUAACUUCAAAUAUCUUUAACAUGCAACAAAUUAAAUAUCAGAUAAAAUUCUUUGUUUUUGCUUUUAAACUAAACAUCGUUGAUUGUGCUUAAAUACUGUUUUCAUUUGCUUUGAACAUUUUUCAAAUUAAAUCUUAAUAAAGAUUAUAUCGGGCCUUUUUCCGCCUUAAUUUUUUUUUGGACUUACAAAUAGGCAAAGGUUUUCGCUAAACGCCCAAUUUUUAUUCGUAGGUACUAUAUUUCCGCCUUAGUUUGAUAUAUUUUUCCUUAAUUACGUAAUAUUAUGUACAUAUUUAUUACGUACAAUAGAUAAGGACAUAAACUUAAAAGUACUUAUUAGAUUGUAAUCAAUGUGUUUUAUUCUUUUAUUUUUCUUAAUUGAAAAAUAUGCAUUUCAGUCAAUUUUAUU